AUGGCCAUAGUUGAAGGGCAUGACCUCGUCGAGAGCGACUGGUCCUUCCUCGACCCCCCGGACGACGCCCUGGUGGAGUCCGCGGGCCCCUGCGAGCUCCUCGUCGCCGUCCACGAGUCGCUCUUCGCGCUCGCGAUGAUCAAGGAGGCCCACGAUCGCGUCCGGUGUUGGCAGGGCGGCGCCGCCGCCGUGCCGGAGAAGUUCGCCCCGUUCGACGCCGUGUUCGUUUGCUACUUCCCCGGGAUGGGGCUUUCUAUCGCAGAGCUCUUGGAAUCUCUCGCUCCGCGAUGUUCUCCAGGUGCGAGAGUAGUCAUCUGCUUCGAUCAAGGGAGGCAGGUUGUCGAACAACAUUGGCAACAGUAUCCCGACAUGGUAACCGCCGACUUGCCUGACAAAGCUCUUCUGGAGAAGGCCGCAACGGAGAAUUCGUACCAGAUAACGGAAUUCGUCGAUGAGCCUAACUUCUACCUUGCUGUGUUAAGAUGUCAGAAAUAAGGAUUUUCAGUUCUGCAACAAGUGGUAACAAAGUUUUCUUUCUGGUGUAAAAAAGCAAAUACAAUUUUUUGUGUGCUUCCUUUUCCAGUUCCAUGCCAAUAUAAAUAUUGUUCGAGCAUGCUUGCAUAUGAAUCUUUUCUAA